ACACCUUGUAGCGUUGGGCUCAAGUCCCGGAUGAGAGAGUGAUGGCUUGAAGUGAAAUGAUCGUCUCAACUGAAACUCACAGGAACUUGGAUUUGACGUCCUGAGAGACAAUUAAGCCAGCCCAUGUAACAAAUUGGCGAAUUGAGGGAGGGAAUCAAAUAAAACUGGUGUUAUUCCCUAGUCCGACUACAGAAUUCUUAAAAAGGCAUCUGAAAAUCAAUUUAAGGUCCGAGACUAUUAAAAAAAAAAAAAAAAAUGUCCUUAGUUACCCAACAAGUGGAAGCGUUCACACGGAUUUUUAGUGGACUGUUUGAGAAAAGCACUUUAGAAAACUGAUCGGUUUAUCUGAACAACAAAAAGUUUGGGGUAUCGUCACAAAGCAGAUUCAAUCCAAGCUAUCUUCAUGCUGCUCUGCCUUUUCAAUUCUACAGAAAUUUGUCAUGGUUAGGGGUGGAACAAUGUCCCCUUGACCUUGGGGCUUUGGCAAAAACGUCUGGUCGGAAUGUCAUGACGUCCAACUGUCAAAUGUAUCCAAACGUCACCAAGUCCGGUUCUCCACCCCACAGUUUCAAAUGGACCUGUUCCUGCUCUCGACCUUUGGUGUUGGCAAAUAAUGAAUGGUUUGCCACCAGGAUUUGGGGCCAUUGCCCCCGCGUCCCGUGGGGAAGGAGGGUGCAUGAUCCAUCCACCCGAAAGUAUGGUUCUAAUCAGUGGGGCAUAUGCGCUGGUGACCCCCGACUGUUGCUGACCACCGACCAAACCUUGCUAUCCAGGUCCUGUCGGAAGUUCAGACAAAGACUGCCGCGCUCUUCAUGCAAAGGAAAGCUGAAUUCAGUAUCUCGAGCAAUACUAUGCUGCUUCAGCGUCUUGGGAGUCGUAUUGAGGACGGACAACAAUUCACCGUGGACAGACGAGUUUGACAAAAUUGAAUUAUCGUGUUUGAUCGACUCAAUUUCCACAAACAAUCCUCGAAUUGAGUGGAAAAAGAUCAAAGCAGAGGGACCAAGCUAUGUAUACUUUAACAAGAAAGUUUCCGGGGACUUGGAGAAUCGAGCAGUGAUCAGAGAACCUGCCACAUUAGUGAUUACCAAUGCAACCCGAAUGGACACAGCAAGAUAUCGCUGUGAGGUCACGGCUGCUGAUGACCAGAAGUCCUUCGACGAGAUAGUGAUUGACCUCGUCGUUCGAGUAAAGCCAGUUGUCCCCAAAUGCAACAUCCCCAAAUCGGUACCUUUUGGGAAGUCGGCGGAGCUGAGUUGUUUGGAGGAAGAAGGCUUCCCCAAGUCUCAGUACCAGUGGUUCAAGGACAAAGAGGAAAUCCCCGAUGACCCGAAGAGCAGCAUGAAGUUCUCCAACUCCUCAUACACGCUCAACUCGGAAACAGGAAUUCUGAUGUUCAUUUCCGUCAGAAAAGAAGACGGUGGUGAGUACUACUGCCGAGCAAAAAACGAUGCAGGAUACGCUGAGUGUGCACCACAGAAGAUGGAAGUCUAUGAUAUUGACGUUGUGGGGAUUAUACUGGGAGUGGCGGUGGUAGUCAUAGUACUUAUAUGUAUAUCAGCCGGGAUCUGCUGCGCAUAUAAGCGAGGGUACUUCACAAGUCAAAAGCAGGCAGGGAACAAUUACAAAGUUCCAGCAAAAGGAGAUGGGUUGGACUAUGUCAGGACCGAGGAUGAAGGAGACUUCCGACAUAAGUCAUCAUUUGUGAUCUGAAAACGGAGCAAGGAUGACCGUGGGUAAAGUGCCAAGUGAAACAAGUGACGUGCGGCUGCAGUCUUCGCAGUCUCAUCGCGGAGCCGCCACAGUUCAUGCUCUGAGCUUUUGGGAUGACUGAAAUCCAACUUUUUCAAGUUUGCCAAAGGUGACAAGGUUUCACAAGACAACAGUUUGCAAAACUCUUCGCAUAUAAAGUACAUAGGGACUGUUUUCUUGAAUUGCUGUAAGAAACUGUGGACUUGAAAGUUAUUUUCUGGUUCAAAAUCAAAUCCACAUGGAGAAACAGAUGACAUUGUCCCACCAAAAUCAGUCAAAAAUGACACAUUUCUACAUGACGCUUUAAACUGGUUGUCGUUUGUUAUACACUUAUUUUUUACUGUUGAAAUUUGUCAAGACUAUUUUUGAUGGGAUAUAUUUUAAAUGCCUAUAGAUAAAAAGUUUACUUUUUUAAAUAUUUGUAAAAUACUAACUGUGUUCAUUGUAAUUAUGAUUUAGUUGUGUUUUUAAAUGUUGCUUUAACCACUUUGCAUCGACCUGUAAGCAUUUAUAAACCUUGCCAUUGGAAACGAGGAACGACUAAUCAAAGCAGACUCGUGUCAGCAUAUCACCAAGUGGUUCACGAUCAACGGGCUUGCGUAUCGAAAGCUCUCCGCUGGGAUUGCCCGGUUUCUGCCCCCCCAAAAAAAAAAAAAUACCCCUCUGUUUGUUUGUAGUCUUAGAAAGAGGUUUUUUGAAGAGUGCCAGUCAAAUGCUGUGAAACACUGUAAGCAAUCAAUUCUGCGUUUUCUUGGUUUUAAGUGUCCUUCUCAGCUUGGUGUUCAUCUUGUAUAUUUUAAAUUUACUGUCCUCUUGCUGUCGUACAUACCAUGCAUUCAGUCCUACUUGAUCAGAGUAGAGGUUUGACAGGGUGUGCGAGUUAGCCUUCCAGACCCCUUUGCCCUUUAUGAAAACGUGCCGUAAUACAAGGUUUGUUUCUGCAGGUUUAAAAUAGAAACGCUGAGCGACCUGCGAGAGCCUUUGACCUUUUCCUGGUCCCUUUAAUUGAUUAGCAACAGAGCCUGUAAUUACAAUAGACUGCUCACACAGUUUUGUGGAAUUGCGUCAGCUGUAUUAUCAAGUACAGGGGAACGAGCCAAGUAGCUACAAUGUAAAGUGAAUUUGUUUAAAGGGCCACCUGAAUUCAAACCUUUGUUGAUCCCAUCAAUCUGGAAACCAACCUUCUAAAAUAAUCGCUGUCAAAAGAGAAGUUAACCACUGCAACAUAAAGCUUCUCACCCUUUGAAUAUUUCUAUAACGUAAUAAAGCAAGGACAAGAAGUCACGCUUUGACUUUGUGGCAUUUUAUAAGUUCUGCUGGAAUUGGUAAAGUAUCGUACAGAAAGUAUUUAGAGCCCGUUGAGUUUUUCCACUCUUUUGUUAUAUUGUAGCCAUUUGCUCAAAUCAUUACAUUUUUUUUUUUUCCCCUCAUUGAUCGACACACAAACCCCACGUUGAGAGAAAUCAACAGAAUGAUUAUAUUUUUUCCACAUUUAUUAAAAAAAAGAAAAGCUUAAAUAUCACACAGACCUUUGGUCAGUAUUUAGUAGAAGCAGCCUUUUGAGCCAAAACCAACGCGCUAACCACUGAGCGAUCGAUGGGGCCUCCACUAUUCACAUCAACACAUACAUUAAGUUGUGGAUGCCGUUUAUUUCAUUCCUUCUGUUGCUCAUAUUUAACCGAUUCAAUUUUUUUCCCUCCAAGAUUCUAUUAUGGUGAUCAGACCUUUACAUCACAUUUUUUUUUGUAUCUGUGAUAAGUGGUAUUGUUUUGCUUCCCAUGGGCACCCCCCCCCCCCUCUUUAGGAAGGGGCCAACGGGGUUGGGUGCGUUGGGAGAUGGUGGUGGUGGCUAAAGGCAAGAACAUUGGUGGUCCAAUCCCCGACAACAGAAGCUUGCUCGGGGGACCUAAAAUACCAUCUCUCGUGCUUCCAAAUCGGAGGCAAUGCUCCUCUGUCGGCUCGAAAUCCUGCCCAGAAAGUAUUGUGGGCUCCUGCUCAUACGUGAGGGAACAAUGGAGCGAGAAAUCAACAAGCCGAGUGGUGAUGUGGAAUUUGCGUUUCACGAGGAAGAAGGAACUGAGUUGAAAGGUGACGCUCUCAAUAUAACCUUUGAUCCAUCCAUUUUUGUCAUGGCAUCACACACAAAGAAAAAAAACAAAAAAAGACUAGAAAAAUCAAAAUGCAAUUGUAUUGUUUCAAUUUUGAGUUCAACUCCCAGAUUCUUUUGCAGUGUAUUUUUCCCAGAAACUCAAAAUUGUACAAGUUUUAGGGGUGUACACUUUGGAGGUUCAACGGAAAUUUACUAAAGGUACAAAAACAUCAAGUAGGUGUGAUAUUUAUAUGAAAACUGAUUAAUCUGGUCUAGUUUUUUUCUUGUGCUUUUUUUUUUUUUUUUUUUCAAUUUAGAAGCUAGAUGUUAUUUAUCAUGUCAGAUUUAUUUCCAAAUGGGGUGUCGGGUGGGCAAUAUGAUUUUAGAUAUUUUAUUCAUUCCUCUCAGGGCUCUGGAAGGUUAACAAUGUUACUGAUUGUAUAUAGGUACUUUAUGUUGUUUAAUUGCAUUCACGACAAUGACAAAAAUCCUAUUAAAAGACAAUAUGAAACUCCAUUUAUAAAUGAAGACUGAUUUAAAAGGUAACAAACCAUUUCAUUCGUGGGAUGUUGGCAGCUUGGCAAAAUGUGCCACCGUGUUUCCACACUGAGCCAUGUGACUGUUACCCAGCUGAGUAAUUCACUUUCUUCAUGAAGUCAAUUUUCUUGUCGUACUUUGAAGGAUGUCAAUUCCAUCCAUUCUUUAUCUUCACCUUCUCCAUGAAUCUGUGCACAAUGUUAACCGAAUCUCAUCUUGGUAGCGAGCAUUCACACGUGGGAAUUUGUUCAGACCGUCAACAUGCUAACGGAAAUGAAAAUGAGUUCACACCACCGUAAACUCAUUUCAGAUGACUACUGGAUCCAAACUGAGGUCAAGGAGUCACGCAGGCUGCCCCGUCAUUUCUACAAAUUUCAUUCCUCCCAAGUGCCUUCUGCGUUUAAAAUAGAUGCUUCUCUCGCCCACUUUUGUUAUUUUCCCCGCGGUUUCAUGCUUUUCAUUCACAUAUCCACGAGCAUGGCGUUUGAGAGGAAUGAUGUAACUGCAAAUUUCUGUUUUCCAUCUUCGCUUAUCUGCAAAAAUGUAGAUAUUUUUUCUUUUCGCAUAGAUUACACGACAAUAGACAUUGGAAUCUCUUGCUCUAGUGCCUAAAUAGAGUGGAAAAUAUUUUUGCUAAGGACACUAUUACGCAAAAGAAUACUACUUGCUUGUAUUGACUGUUUUUAAAACUGGUUGCUACAACGUUGCAAAUGGAGCUGUUGAACUUCAGUUUGUCACAAACCACAAGUCACGUCGGCGUGAAAUCGCAAACGUAUGACGUUUACAUGUCCUUUCACGUGUGUGCUAAAAGAUUGAUCUACAAUGCGGUUCCUGUGUAGUUGGGUUUUAUAUUAAAGGGCAAUCAUACAGUCAUACAAUACUGUCAUUAUUUUACGAUUCACUCUAUGCCGUGAAGACAUGUCACCUAAACUCUCAUCUCACGUAAACAUACGUUCUUUGAGAGAUUGUCGGGGGGGAUUUGUCGAGAAGCACUCUUAUUUGUGAUUAAUAAAACUCACUUCUGACGUUAA